AUGGACGCGACGAUCCGCGCUGCCUACAAGAAGCUCCUCAAGCUGGCCAAGUCUGUGCCCCAAGAGCAGCGCGCCCAGACGCUAGAGAAGGUUCGGCAUGAGUUCCGGGCGCAUGAAGGCGCGGCGACGCCCGAGGAACUGGACCAGCUCCUCCGCAAGGCGCAGUCCAAGAUCAGCUACCUCAAGAUCGUGACGCCCAAGAAGUCGUCGAGCUCGACCCAAGGCAGCCACUUUGUGUACAAGAACGGGCAGCGCAUCGACGGGCGCGAGCUGAGCGCCGACAGCGCGACCAUCAAGACGCACGACUACAAUGCGAUGAUGACCAAGCACGUGCAGCUCGUGCGGCGACAGCACUUUAUGGACCGCAAGUAA